GGCUGGAGUAGGUAGUAAGAUUUUAGGAAGGCAAGCUAAAAACAGAGCCCUAGCUUUGCACUAUACUAUAGUAUAGCAGGAGCCAUCCCGCAGAAGAAGCAAUCCUACCCGUAGCGGCGGCAUAGCAGUGCAUCCUUCGCGCCUCCGCUAGAGGGUUACCCAUUAGAGGGAUUACCCAUUAGAGGCAUCCCCAUAGAGGAACCCCCCCAAACGCGCCCACCAGCACAAUGGAGGCAAACUUAAACCUCCUCGGAGAAUGGUCCGAGCAGAUACACAGCACCGCCGCGAAGAUCAUGCCGGACAUCAAGGGCGACUUCAAGGAGUAUAAAGAAUUCAUGGACCAAGUGAUGAAACAUGUUCGUGUGCCCGAUGGCGUUACCACCCUAUUCGUUCUCCUCUCCAUAUUUGGAGUCGUUUUUUUAUAUAAUAUGAGCAAAAUAGUUGGUGCGUUGAGCACCCACGCGAUGACCAAGAGUUUGCUCCUUUACCUGGGGUUCUACCUGCUUGCGUAUAGCGGUUUGACCGGCUACCAAAAAGGUCAGUGAAAAGGGAGGAGGAAGGAGGAAGGAAGUAGGAAGUAGGAAGAAUGAAGACUAGAAACGAAAGACGAAAGACGAACGAACGUGUGCCACGAUGUGACCUGUUACCCCCUGGGCUACCCCCAUUAGCAGCUAAUAUAAACAUACUAAUUGAGAGAAGAAGAAUGUGCAGAUUAUCCGAUGAAGCACAUCAGGCUGUGUGCGUGCCUGCCCAUAUGUCGCGGUAAGAGCGGCACGUGGUGCUGUGUCUCGCGAGCAUUCGCAUGCCAUCUGAGCAUGUACGUAUAUGUGCCUCGAACGCAGCGAAAGCAGCGAAGGCAGCGAAAUGACGUUUUUAAUACGCGCGCCUUUUUUUUCCAUACCUACACGCGUGAUGCUUCCCGGCGCGUAGCCACCCAUGGCGCCUACCACUUUGAUGUUUUUAUUUUUCCCCUUUCAUUUUUCUGUUCCCUUUUUUUGCCCUGAUUGCACCGAAUUUUGCUUUUACGAGCGUCUCCCCGCCCCUUUUUUACGUACCCAAUUUUGAUUCCCCGCAAUUGAGCCGAGUUGCAAACAGCAAAACAACUGACCCUGUAUAAGAAUAAAUCUCCCC